AUGCAUCCAAAGCACUCCAUUGACCGGUUUCACGACCUGCACCACUUUCGCUUCAACAUGUUGGGACUCAAGGCUCGGAUGCUUAUCAUCGAUAAUUCAGGCGGGCUGAUAGCUGAAUGCAUCAACGUCCUCAAGUUCAAAGGUCGACAAGGCCAUGCCCGUAUUGGGGACGAGAUCGUGUGUGUGAUUAAACGAGCCCGACCGAUUCCCCAAAACUCAUCCGGUCCAUCCUCAUCAUCAUCGAACCUAUUGGCAUCAAACAAAGUGCGCAGGGGUGAUAUCCGACGGGCGGUGGUUGUGCGGACGAAGAAAGAGACCAAUCGGGCAGACGGUCGCUCAAUACGAUUUGACGACAAUGCAGCCGUCCUUUUGAACAACAAGAGAGAGCUGUUGGGUACCAAAAUCAAUGGCGUAGUGGCUGCUGAGCUAAGAGAAAAGGGUUGGGGCCGGAUCAUGUCACUAGCCUCGAGGGUCGUAUAA